AGUGGCUGUUGGGUUCCCCAUAUAAGUUAUAAACUUAUAACGCAUGCAUUCUAACAACAAUUCCCGAUGAUAAUUAAACAUCCCAUACUCAAGCACACUUCCGUUAUAUAGGUAAACAAUCUCAUCUGAUUUUAUAUCAAAUCAACCAAAUUCUGUGUCUUUUGCCAAUACACUUCUAUAGACCAACCAAUUAAGCUUAAUGGAUAAAUCAUCAGAAAGUGUUCGAGACUGGAGCAGUCUCCCUGGUGAAAUCCUUUCCCUAAUUCUUGAUUGCCUAAACGACACCAUAACUGAUUGUCUUAGGCUUCGUGGCGUCUGCCCCUCUUGGCGUUCCUCUCUUUCUCCUAUCAUACUUCCUGAUCUUCAGUUCCCUUUCGAGGAGGUUCUCCCUUUACUUGCAUGGAUAGCCGGCCCCUUAUUUGACGCUUGGACAAUGGUCAGCAUCAAGCAGAGUACAUUUUACCUCAUUUCUUCCCCGAACAAAGAAAAUAGCACUACUAGUGUUUGGCUCACCCGUGUUGAAGAAACGUUACGCACCAACCUUCCUAACAUAGGGAAAGUCCAGAAUCCAAUAUGGUGCGACGACGAUGUUAAAAUGCUGGAGCUCAAAGCCACGGUAAACUUGUUAGACUAUAGAAUUUUUGAAGUUGCUAUGUCAAUAAGACAUUCUCAUAUUAUUGAUGGUUUAAUGUUUGAAAAUAAGAUGGUUAUGCUCCCGUUCCGUAAAUCAAGGGCCACAGGCACAGCUGAUAAUUUCUUUCUUUUUUCUCUCAUUAUUGGUAAUUUAACAGUGUUUAAGUUUGAAGCAGUUGGAACUUUUUUAUUCUCAAGGUUUGUAGUAGGAAAUUAUACUGAUAUAAUUGCUUACGAGGGCAAAUUUUAUGCUACUAAUUUGACUGGUAGGCUUGUUUCAAUCGAUCCCAUGACUCUCACUCUCGAGAUGGGCCAGGUGGUCGAAGUCAUUGGCUCUCAAUGGGAGGAGGCUUGUAAUGAAUGUUCCUACAUGGUGAUAUCUUGUGGGAGAUUGUACCUGGUUAACAAAGUAAGAAAUACUCGCAAAAAAGGGAACCGGUUUGAGCUUAAGGUAUUUGUUUUGGGUAAUUUGAUUUCAUCGAAUGGAAAACUCCACUAUUUUUGGGACCCUGUCACAACUUUAGGGGAUCAAGUGUUCUUUGUAAGCAAUUUCGAGAGCUUCUCUCUAUCAGCUCAAGAAAUCGGUUGGGGUCGAGGAAAUUGCAUAUUUUUCACCAACAAUGAAUAUGGAAGUUCUGAAUCUCGUCGACAAAGGAAGAAGAAAAGGUCUGAAUCAGCCAACAGUAACAUGUAUAAAUAUUUUUGUGGACUCUAUAGCUUGGAAGACGGUAGGUUUUUCACCAUAAACUCUUUGCCUGCCGAGUACACCAACAUUUUCUGGCCAGUCCCAAGUUGGCUGUCCCAAAACUAGCUAUUCAGAGCAAUGAAUUGUUCAUUAAUUUUCAGAAUUCAUAAGUUCAUAAGACUGGUUGUCCUUCAUUUGAACUAGCUAGAAUUGUUCAUUAAUUUUCAGAAUUCAUAAGUUCAUAAGACUGGUUGUCCUUCAUUUGAACUAGCUAGACAUUGUUGGACAAGAUCAUAAGACUGUUGUUUAUUUUUUGUGCUUUUAGUUUAGUCAGAGCAUGUAGUUUAAUUUUUGAAAGUUUGUCUUUUGUCCAAUCAAAGUUAUGAAUUCCAAUCGGAUGAAAU